AUGGGCAACACCGUGCACAGGACCCUGCCAGACCCGAGCCCGCCGGCUCGCCUCCUGGCCACCCGGCCGUGCUGCGGCCCCGGCCCCGAGCGGCGCCCAAUCCUGGGCGAAGCGCCGCGCUUCCACGCACAGGCCAAAGGCAAGAACGUGCGGCUGGAUGGCCACUCGCGCCGGGCCACUCGACGCAACAGCUUCUGCAACGGCGUCACGUUCACGCAGCGGCCCAUCCGGCUGUACGAGCAGGUGCGGCUGCGCCUGGUGGCCGUGCGCCCGGGCUGGAGCGGCGCGCUGCGCUUCGGCUUCACGGCGCACGACCCAUCGCUCAUGAGCGCCCAGGACAUCCCCAAGUACGCCUGCCCCGACCUUGUCACGCGGCCUGGCUACUGGGCCAAGGCGCUGCCCGAGAACCUGGCGCUGCGCGACACCGUGCUGGCCUACUGGGCGGACCGCCACGGCCGCGUGUUCUACAGCGUCAACGACGGCGAGCCCGUGCUCUUCCACUGCGGCGUGGCCGUGGGCGGCCCGCUCUGGGCGCUCAUCGACGUCUACGGCAUCACCGACGAGGUGCAGCUCCUCGAGAGCGCAUUCGCCGACACGCUGACGCCCGCGCGCCUCAGCCAGGCCCGCUUCAGCGCCUGCCUGCCGCCCAGCAGCCACGACGCCGCCAACUUCGACAACAACGAGCUCGAGAACAACCAGGUGGUGGCCAAGCUGGGUCACCUGGCGCUGAGCCGCGCCCCGGGCCCGCUGCCGGCCGACGCCUCGGCCGCCGCCAUCCCGUGCGGGCCUCGCGAGCGCCCGCGGCCCGCAUCGUCGCCGGCGCUGCUCGAGGCUGACCUGCGCUUCCACGCGACGCGCGGACCCGACGUGAGCCUGUCCGCCGACCGCAAAGUGGCCUGCGCGCCGCGGCCCGAAGGCGGCCGCACGCUUGUCUUCUCCGAACGCCCGCUGCGACCCGGCGAAAGCCUCUUCGUGGAGGUGGGCCGCCCGGGGCUGGCGGCGCCCAGCGCGCUGGCCUUCGGCAUCACGUCGUGCGACCCGGGCGGGCUCCGACCCGCGGAGCUGCCGGCCGACCCCGACGCGCUGCUCGACCGCAAGGAGUACUGGGUGGUUGCGCGUGCCGGGCCCGUGCCGAGCGGCGGCGACGCACUCAGCUUCACGCUGCGGCCCGGCGGCGACGUGCUCCUGGGCGUCAACGGGCGCCCGCGCGGCCGCCUGCUGUGCGUCGACACCACGCAGGCGCUCUGGGCGUUCUUCGCCGUGCGCGGUGGCGCCGCCGGCCAGCUGCGUCUCCUCGGCACCUUGCAGUCCAGCCCUGCGACCACGUCCCCAUCAGGGUCCCUCAGCGGCUCCCAGGAUGAUAGCGAUUCUGAUAUGGCCUUCAGUGUCAACCAGUCCUCCUCAGCAUCUGAGUCAUCCCUGGUGACCGCACCCAGCUCCCCGCUGAGCCCCCCCAUGUCCCCUGUGUUCUCCCCACCGGAGCCGGCAGGCAGCAAGAAUGGCGAGUGCACAGUGUGCUUUGACGGGGAAGUGGACACAGUCAUCUACACGUGUGGACAUAUGUGUCUGUGCCACAGCUGUGGCCUACGGCUCAAGAGGCAGGCCCGUGCCUGCUGCCCCAUCUGCCGGCGACCCAUCAAGGAUGUCAUUAAGAUCUACAGGCCGUAGCCUGGCCCACCAAUGGGCCUUGGCCAGAGCAAGGUCACCUUUCUGAAGGCCCCCUGAGCCAGGCAACUGCUAUGGCCACCAGGGAGUCCAAGG